AUGCCGUCAAACACGGAUGCCACUGGCAGGAACGAGCCGCUCGACGCGGUGCAGGAACCGACUCGUAUCCCUGGGGAAGAGGAAGCUGAGAUCAACAACGCGGAGAACGAGGCAUCAAUCUCCGACGACUUCGACACCUGGUUCCACCGCAAAGUCUACGAACGCUUCCUCCCCGAGAACCCCAGCGUACUCCAGAGCCCGAGAUCUGCCGCGGGAUGUAGCGUGCUCAUGUGUCUCAUCGCAAGCAUCGUGUCCGCAAAGUUUGGCGUGCUCUUCGUUCCAGAAAACCACCCGGACGCGGUCUUCGUCGCCCGUCAUGCCGAAACUGCUGCCGCCGCUGGGAGCGUGGUCAUUGGCAACCUCAUCGGGAACCACUGCAACUUGCUCGCCAACGCUCCAAGCUCCAAAAAUGCUCGUCGGAGUCGAAGGAGUGCGAUUUAA